AAAAUUUUACUAGCACAUUGACAACACCGGGCAAUGGUCGUUGUUUACGUCAGUGCGAACCUGCAAAUAAUUGACAAAAAAUCCAAUAAACUUCGACUAAAAUGUAAAAAUACAUGUCGAUAAUACAUUAAAAUACUGAUUAUUGAUAUAUUAUUUCAGUUUUCGUGUAGUAAAUAGUGAUUUGUUUGACAUUAGUAACAUAACCUAUAAGUGCGCAAUAAUUUUGUUUAAAAUCUAUAUAAACCAUGGCUCUACAGUUAUCUAGGCGGGAAGUGGACGACUUAAGGUCGUCCCUGGACCGUGCGAUAUACAGAACUAUUGGAAAAUCUGAUAGUUCUUUGCUAUCGACCGUUUCUUCGUGUUUGUCUAAUGGCUACGAACGCCGAAAAAUAAUCGACAAGAUAUCAGCACACAUAGACUCAAAGAAAGCGAGCAAGCUAGCGGACAAAGUGAUCGCUCUUGCCCAGGAACUGGUCUCCAGCUCCAAGUCCCAGAAACGUAAACAUGAGUCCUCGGACCGGGACAAGGAGGUCAAGAGGUCGAGGCAUGAGGACAGGGAGGAGAAAGAGGAUAAAAAAGAGGAAAAGAAGAAUGGGGUGGAAGGUGCUGCGGUUUUGCCGGAGGGAGAGACGGUUGGAUCAAAGAUGGCGGUGUUGAGUGCUGAUAGGAUUAAGUUAAUGAUGGCAAACGCUCAAAAAGAAAUAGAAGAGAGGAAGAGAGCCCUCCUAGCCAUGAAGGGGGAGUCCAAGAGUGGAGUGAGUGCUGCCGCGGCCACCGCCCAGCAGUUGAAGGUGCAAGUGCAGCAGAACAGCUCCCUAGCGCCACCUAGCGUCAUCAAACCGGUGCUGUACUCUAAACCUGUGGGAGGUGGUCUUAGUCAUGAGGAGUUGGAGAAGCAGAGGAAAAUAGCUGAACUGCAAGCCAGGAUACAGAGGAAACUAGCUGGCGGUGCCCUAACGAGCACGGCGGGCAGUGGCCCCGCGCCCCUGAUCCUGGACCGCGAGGGUCGCACGGUGGACACCAGCGGGAAACGGGUGCAGCUCACACAUGUAGCGCCUACGCUGAAGGCAAACAUCCGCGCGAAGCGUCGCGAAGAGUUCCGCGCGCAGCUGUCGGGGGCGGCGUCGGUGGGGGGCGAGGCGGCGGGGGCGCGCUGGCACGACGAGCGAGUCCUGGCGCGCGCCCCCGUGCGCACGCGCCGCCCGCUGCGCUUCCACGAGCCCGGCAAGUUCACGCAGAUGGGGGACCGACUACGGAUGAAGGCGCAACUGGAGAAGCUACAGAACGAGAUAUCGCAGAUAGCGCGCAAGACCGGCAUCUCGUCCGCCACCAAACUGGCGCUACUGGCCGCAGACACGCCCGACUCCGACCGAGUGCCGGACAUUGAGUGGUGGGACAGUGUGAUCCUAAUGACUCCUGAGGAGCGUCAGAACCAGACCAAACGCUCGGAGGGUACGGAGGUGACGGAGGAGUCGGACGGGCGCACCCCCUCGCAGCGGGUGGACGCGUGCCACGUGGGGGACGAGGAUAUCGUGCACAACCUCAACGAGCUGGCCAUCACCAACUUGGUGGAGCAUCCGCAGCAGCUGAGGCCGCCCACUGAGCCGUUGAAGCCGACGUACAUGCCAGUGUUCCUGACGAAGAAAGAGAGGAAGAAGCUUCGCAGACAGAGUCGCAGGGAGGCGUGGAAGGAGGAACAGGAGAAGGUGCGCCUCGGCUUGGAGGCGCCGCCCGAACCCAAACUCAGGAUAUCAAACCUGAUGAGAGCUUUGGGCACGGAGGCAGUCCAGGACCCCACUGCCAUCGAAGCCAAAGUCAGGGAGCAGAUCGCCAAGAGACAGAAGACCCAUUUGGAGGCGAACAAGGCGCGAGCUCUUACGAAAGACCAGAAGAGAGAGAAGGUGGACAGAAAAAUCAGAGAAGAUACGUCUAUGGGCGUGCAUGUAGCUGUUUAUAGGGUGAAGGAUCUAUUCGAGUGUGCGUCAGCGAAGUUCAAGGUGGAGGCGAACGCGGCGCAGCUGCACAUGUCCGGCUCCGUGCUGCUGCACCGCGGCUGCUGCGUCGUCGUCGUCGAGGGGGGGCCCAAGCAACACGCCAAGUACAAAAGACUGAUGCUGCACCGUAUAAAGUGGGAGGAGGACAUGGUGAAGGACGCAGAGGGAAACGAGGUGCCCAACAGCUGUAGCCUCGUCUGGGAGGGCAUCGUCAAACAGAGGGCUUUCGGAGAUGUCAAGUUUAAGGUGAUGCCGACAGAGAAACAAGCGCGGGAGCAUUUUCAGAAACAUCGCGUGGAACACUACUGGGACCUUGCGUACAGCGGCGCCGUGCUAGCGCCCUCCGACGAACCUUAGCGCCCUAUGAACAGGCCUGGCGCCCAAAGACUAACACUGGCGCCCAAAGACCGUCACUGGCGCCCAAUUAUCAACACUGGCGCCCAAUGAUCAACACUGGCGCCCAAUGAUCAACACUGGCGCCCAAUUAUCAACACUGGCGCCCAAUGACCAACACUGGCGCCCAAUUAUCAUCACUGGCGCCUAAUGACCGUCUCUGGCGCCCAAUGAUGAACUCUGAUACCCACUGAUGAGCCUGCGCCCAAAGACCAACACUAGCGCCCUCCAAUUAAUAUAAUAAUAAAUAAAUACAUUAAAACUAUA